UUGUUGAUUGAUCGGGAGAGAGCUUUACUCGAACUAUACACUCCAGAUACGCAGACUGAGACCAAUGUUCCUCACGCUGAGGAUACCGAUCCAACUGGAGAAGUUACCCAGUAUCAUCAUGAACCAGAUUCCAGCAUUUUCAAUUCCACCGUUGAUGCCUCCGCCGUUUCUGCUUUGCAAAAGGAAGGGAAUACACAACUAGAAGCAAUAUCUGUCGAGCUGAAACUCCAACACGAGGUGGCUCUUUUGAGAAGUAAGCUGGUCACACAAAUCAAAGCCAACACUCGUCUCAAGGCUGCUUACAAUGCCCUCUCCGAGAGCAAUCGUCCCCCUCAAAAGGUCGUCACCACCAAUCCUCCCUCCAACCUAUCAAUUUCCCUCAACCCCUCCAUUCUUGAGGAGGCAGGGAACACAUCUCAAGUUAAUGAAUCCUUCGCUAGUCUUCUUAAUUCCAACAAGAAGGUGUCCCAGACUCUGGACAGAACAGUGAAUGAACUCAAAUCUGCCCUUAGUAAGGUGGAAGCUGAGCUCUCUGCCAGUAUACUUGAGGUCUCCAAGGCAGGAGAAGAGCGUAAGCACGAAGAUGUUGGGGUAGGAGUACAUGACAACAUCUUAGCUACAGGGCUGAACCCGGAUCGUCUUCGUGACGUCUACUCUCUGAUCAAGGGACUUGUUGACCAAUUUGACAAUUUGCGAACCUUCCGUAGCUCAUUCCACGAGACGGUGAAUCGCAGCGUCCUAGCGACCUCUGUUUGUUUAGAUACAAGUUCCAGAUACGCUGUUCCUGGAACCGAUGUCCAGACAUCUCAACCGACGUCUUUUGUAGAAUCUGCAGGAGGAGAGAAUGGUGGCCCUUCUCCAUCAGAAACUUCUACUAAUGAAUAUGAGCGCAUUGAACCAGCUGUGAAAUCAGUCGCAGAGAAGUACGAGAAUGAUGAGUUGUUGUUGUCAGUGAGCCAAAUGAGUCACAACAACACAACCUUCCAUCUUCUUCGUGAGCAUUGCAACGACAACACUAUGGAGGAUCUCUCGAUGGCAAACUCCCUAUCAUUCACAGCAAGCCAGCGAAGUCAUGCUCUUGACAUCACUCGCCUUGAGAUACACUCUCGGGACAUCUUUGAUCGCGUUGCUCAUGCCGUUGCGGGGAUUCAAGAAGCCUUGGAUACAUGGUCUCUCGAUGCAGCCACGGAAUUGCUGGCUGCCAUCAAUGUGAACACCGGUGGCAUCCAUCAACCUCCUGCUUCUUCGUCUCAUAACGUCACGAAAAAUGUUGACUCUAAUUUUGAUACUUUAUUGAACCUCGUUAUCCGCUUCGUGGAGGUCCUUUCCAAGACCAAGAGCUUGGAAGUGGCGGCGGAAUCCGCUGCGUUAUUCUCGGACUGGUGUGAUCUAGUUUACCGGUGGUUUGAAAUCUUCAUUGACACUCUUCAAGGUCGCAGAGGUUCAGCUGAUCUACCUGAAGUUGUUUCUCGGCUGGGUGCUCUCGAACUGCAGUUCAAUGAGGAGUUCGCGCUGACAGCAACUGUCACACAACACCCCGUUACAUUGUCCCGUCAGCAGAAUGCGACAUUGCAAGUGUCGGACAUUACGGAGCCUCCAUCUGUCUCCCUAUGCGAAAAUGGUGAUAAUGUAUCGUCGCGUUGUGAGCAGCAGCUCACUUCAACUAUCGAGAAACUCAAAGCCGACCUCUCACUGAAUGUCAGAGAGCUCACUGAUAAGGAGAUCGCAGUGGCUGAUUUGAAGUCAAAAGUGCAGGAUUUGGAAGCAAAACUGACCGAAACAUUCUCCAUCGCUCGUACAAAGGAGUCCAAAAUUGAGGAGCUGGAGGUGGAAGUAGCUAACGUGGAAUUGAAAGCUCAAGACUUGGAAAGGCAGUUGAAUGAAGCCCUCUCGGAUACCCAAGCAAAAGGAUCCAAAUUAGAGGUGCUAGAGGCUGAAAUACCCCAAAUGGAGACCAAACUGCGGGAAUUGGAGGCUGAGUUGAGGGAGGCUACUUUGAAAGCCCGAACCAAGGAGAUGAGGGUAGAAGAGCUGGAGACUGAGGUGAAUGAAUUGAAGACGAGGCUCCAAGGGAUGGAUGCACAACUAGCUGAUGCUCUUUUGGCCGCUCGAGUGAAGGAUGCUAAAGUGGAGGAGAUGGAAGCGAUUGCCAAGGAUAACGAGUCGACACUGGCCGGCUUGAAGGAACAACUGGCAGAAACAGAGACAAAAUUGGCUCAAAAGCAGGCAAGAGUUGCUGAAUUGAAAGUGGCUGCAAAUGAGUUGCGCGCAAUCUACGAUGAUUUGGAGAGUCAGCUUAACAAAGCCAACAAGGAUAUGGAAGAAUGGAAAGCCAAGUCUGAGCGUCUAGAGGACUUGUUGACAGAAAGUAUCGAGCGACAGACCGAUUUUUCACAACAGUUGCGUCAAGCCUUUGAUGAAGUUAACAACCUCAAUAUGCAGAAGUCAGCUUUGGAAACACAAUUGCAGGAGAAGCUGGAGAGUUGUUGGUCAGAGAAGGUGGUAGAGUUGCCGGUUCCUGUUAUUCAAAUCGGUCUUUCAACAACGGGAUUGAGGUUCCAGUUAGAUAGCCUCGUGUAUUGUCUAUUUGGUCCCUUUCAGCGUCAAUGGUCUUAUCCACUGACUGCUUCGGAGCACAAUGCGAAGAUGAAGAGCACCCAUGUCAAGUACGAGUCCCUCCUUGAAGUCGCCAAGAGUAGGUACACGGAAAUGGCCGAGCAGUGUGAGCGCCUCCAAACAGAACGCGAUAACCUCUGCGAAGACCUUCAGAUUAGCAAAGAGGAGAAGUUGAUGCUCCAAACCGAUCUCACCAUGGCUCGUAUGGUCUCUGCAGAUGCCCAAAUCAAUCUUGGAGCCUACCUCGAGGAGGGUCCUCUAGGCAACGAGAAGGAGGACUUGGAAGGGAUUCGGCAGAAAGCUCGAAAAUAUCCCGAACUCAAAUCUCUCGCAUUCACUUUUAAGAAUAAGGCUGAUAGGAGUGCUGCUCUUCUGCAUGAUUUCACCAAAGAGAACACGCGGUUGAAGAUGAUUGUGUCCGAUCACGAAAAACGUGUCAAGGAAUUGGCCAACGAAUUGGAGAGAUUGCGUGAGCAGAUUCUAGUUAAGAAUGAAGUAAUCAAGAAACUUGAAAAUCUGGUUCGCUUGUCUGCUACUGAUCCUCCAACUUCCACUUUGACGGAGAAGCCAGAUGAAAUUUCACCCACUGAGAAUGCUCGCGGUGCCAAUUUCCGGAAUUCCAACUUCUUCAACACCGACGCGACUAUGGAUCUAGUCGACGGAGGCAUUUUGAACAGCCAUCUCCUUCCGGAGCACCUUAACGGCGUGAAUUCGCUGAUGGCAGACAUUGGCGCAACAGUGCGAGAAAUUUCCGGUUGUCUGGAUCCAAUGACUGCUGAAGGCGGCCAACAGCCUGAUGAUACUACAAGCGCUUCUCUUGCUGCUCAGAUUUCGAGUUUAUCUACUGACACUCCUUCAUCUCUGACUGUCUCAUUUGGAGACUGCGGCCGUGGGGAUCACUCAAGAGCUCGCAAAUUAGUUCGAAGGAGUGUUGAGGCUCUUCGUAACUUGAACACUCGAUAUUCUUCGAGUAGGUCUUUCACACUCAUCCUGACCAGUCUGAAUGAAGCACUGGAACUCCUUUGUCGUCAAAAUCCUUCCUCCUCCUCCUCCUCCGCCUCCCCCUCCCCAUCGUUGACUUCGUUGCAGCGGGGUUUGAACAGCAGUAGGGGGCCUCAGGAAGAGGAAACUGCGGCGGGAAUUGCUCUUCCCCCUCCUGUGGGCACCACUUCCUCAUGCAGCUGCUCAUGUCGACGUCGUUGUAGUCGUUGGGUUGUUUCCUCUCAAGAAAUUAACACUGUGUUGGAUACCACAGCGGGCACUCUCGCCAGAGGACGCUCUGGGACGUUGAAUAGAGGCGAGGUGGAAAAAGUUCAUGCAGAAAAUCUCUAUGUAUCUCCUCAGGACUCGCUAUCAAACUGA